GCUGCCUUGGCGAGGAGGGCGGCGGGAGCGGGCGGGAGCGCACGGGGCCGAGCGCCGCCUCCUCCUCCCCCGUCUCGGGCGGGCGGGCGCGCGCAAUGGGGAGGGGCCGGGUCCUGCUGGCGCUGCUGCCCCUGCUGGGGCUGGCGUGCCCGGGAGCCCCCUGGGAGCUGGGCGCCGGCUGGCAGUGCAGCUUCUCGGCCUCCUGCGAGUGCGACUUCCGGCCGGACUUGCCAGGUCUGGAAUGUGAUUUAGCUCUCAACCUGGUUGGCCAACACUUGGUGAGACAGCUUGUCGUGAAAGGGGUGAGGGAAUUUGUGCUCAGUCACGCUCCUGUCAAGCCUCUGGUGAUGUCGUUCCACGGCUGGACUGGCACGGGCAAAACGUAUGUGAGCUCUCUCCUGAUCCGCUACCUCUUUCGUGCUGGGCUUCGCAGCCCCUACGUCCACCAGUUCUCCCCAGUGGUUCACUUCCCUCACGCAGAACACAUCGAACAGUAUAAGAAUGACCUGAAGAAUUGGAUCCACGGGAAUUUGACACGCUGUGGCCGAUCGCUCUUUCUCUUUGAUGAGAUGGAUAAGAUGCACCCUGGCUUGAUUGAUGUGAUUAUUCCAUUUCUGGGACCAUCUUGGGUUGUGUAUGGAACCAAUUACAGGAAAGCGAUCUUCAUUUUUAUUAGCAAUGCUGGAGGGGAGCAGAUUAACCAAAUUACCCUGGACCUCUGGCGAAUCCGCAAAGACCGGGAGGAGAUCAUCCUUCAGGAUCUAGAAGCAUCCAUUCUGGAAGCUGUUUUUGAAAAUCCCAGAAAUGGAUUUUGGAAGUCUGGAAUAAUUGAGCAACACCUGAUUGACCUCCUGGUACCUUUCCUUCCUCUGAAGCAGCACCACGUGAAGCAGUGUGUGGCAAACGAGCUUGCCAGCCAAGGCCUGCAGGCACAGCCAGAUGUCAUCCAGGCAGUUUCUGAGAGCAUCCCUUACUUUCCAGAAGAAGAAAAAGUCUUCUCGUCUACAGGCUGCAAAAUGGUGGCUUCACGUAUUCCCUUCUUCCUCUGACCUGUCAGGAGGUGUUUUUUGCUUGCCUGCAAAAGCUACACUAGACUCAUAAGUUUACUCAGAACAGACGGAUAUCAUAUUUGGAUUCUGAAAGUUCAGCCCAAGACCACCUGUCUGGUCAUCGUGAUCUGCUUCAGGACCAAAGAUGAGACUUUCCAGAGCAGAAAACUAAACUUGAUCAGAAAACUAAAAUGCACUUUAUGAACUUUAUACUUUGCCCUGAGCCCUGUGGUGAGGUGCUCUUUUGUGCCAAGGAAAAGGGGCCAUGGCCUCUCCAAACAGAAUCUUGGCUGCUUCUAUAGCAUUUUAGAGACACUUUUUCGCAGACAGCUAUCAAAUUAUGCUUCCUUACCACAGCACAAGUGACUUAAUUUUUUAUGGGCUCUGAAAUCUUACUUCUACAUUUUAAAAACACACUGUGACAGCGUUGAUGUUCUAAAAACUACAGCCCACAUUGGGAUGUCAUUUUGAAUGCCUUUAAAUAUACGGGUUAGACUCUCUGGGGUAAAUUUAAAAUGGUUGCCUUCCAGGUCUGUAUUCCUCAUUGUAAUUAGGUGCUAUCUGAAGAUAUUUUUCCAAUGGCAGCUACCUCUAGUAUAAGUGAAUAGAACCGGCUAUGUCGGCCAGUGAUGGGUAAGCCUAGGAAUAGAUCUCUCACUGUCUUGGGAUUCUGGUUUCAAAUCAUGUGCUUCUCAUAGGGACUAUGGCUUAGUGGAAGAACAUCUGCUUUGUACACAGAAGGUCCUAAGUGCAAUCCCUCCAACUAAAAGUACGGCCACUAGGUGAUGUAAAAGACCUCUAUCAGAAACCCUGGAAAGCCGCUGUGCAUCUGAGUAGACAGCACCGAGCUUGAUGGAGCAGGAGCCUGAUUCAGCAUGAGGAAGCUUCACGUAUGAUGUGUGGGGCAUCAGCCAGGGAAAACUCAAAACAAUCUCUUUUAUAUUUCCUUUUCUGCUCGAGAAAGAACUGGGGUCUCUGUUUCGAUUUUGCUACUUUGCUGUUCCCAAGUCAGAAAAGGCACUGGAGUAUUACUGUGCUGUGCAGUGUACCCGAGAUAAUCAUAGAAGUCUUCUCAGACUGUGCUUAGGAGGAUUGUUGACUGUGCUUCAGUGCCAUUGUGCUGGGACUGUGCGCAACUAAGCAUACAGUGUUCAAUCUGUCAUUUAAUAGUUGGCAGAAAAAGUCCUUGGUGGAAGCUGUUGGAACAGACUGGCAUCUCUGUAUGGGCGCACAGGGGGAAAGGGGGGUUGUCAUGUACUGUAAAGCUCUCUGACAAUAUUUUUGCUAGUUAGGGUGAUGAUCCUUUGAAAGCUUCGGCCAGAAUUCCUAGACAGCCCCUCACCUGCUCAUGAAGUUUUAUGGGUCAACUCGGCUGAGGAAACGAGAACGUUUUCUGUGUUCAAAAGUUUGUUUUAAUUUAUAUAAAUAAAAAGGUUAAAAGACA